CUCUAUUGGUCCAGCCAGCCUCUCCCCUUUUAAUCCACCCAUAAUCCAGGGCUUCUCAGGGGGAAAAGCUCUUCCUGCAGGGCUACUGUGGAAACAUGCUGAGCCAUAGCCCUGCAGGAUGCUAUGGAAAAGAUGAGUGAGGCUGAUUUGCAAUGAGCCAGUGAAGUCUUUGGGAACAGAGGAGUCACAGCUUGUGAAGCUAGAGAGUGCAGGUACAUGAGGGCUAUCGGCAGCCCCUGCUUUAGCAAUGAUCAGGCUCAUAGUCACCCCGAAGAUAUCCCUUGCUGAUGAACCACUGAAAAUCCAGGUCUCUGGCUUGCCCCCGUCCCAGCUGGUGACCCUCCAAGCCUCUCUGACCGAUGAGAAAGGGGUGCCCUUCUACUCCCAAGCACUCUACUGGUCAGAUAAGGCUGGAGAAGUGGACCUGGAGCGGGCUGCUGCCACUGGAGGGGAUUACACAGGUGUGCAGCCCAUGGGUCUGUUUCAGUGCCUGAAGCCAGAAAAGCUGUUCCACAGGCUGAUGAAGCGGGAUGUGAUGCAGAGUCCCUUCCGGGUCCGCCUGGACUUGUUCGACUCCCAUCAUUUGUUUUCCUCACCCCGCGAUCAGCCUGCAGCCAGCCAGACUGUGGAGAGGUGGUACGUGGCACCUGGAGUACAGCGGGUGCAGAUCAGAGGCAGCAGAGUCCGCGGAGCCCUCUUCCUCCCUCCAGGGGAAGGUCCUUUUCCAGGGCUGAUUGACAUGUUUGGUGGCAUGGGUGGACUCACUGAAUUCCGAGCCAGCCUCCUUGCCAGUCGUGGCUUUGCUGCACUGGCCCUAGCUUACUUUGCGUAUGAAGACCUGCCCAGUUUUCUAGAUGAGGUGGAUCUGGAAUAUUUUGAGGAAGCUGCCAACAUACUCUUGGAACAUCCAAAGGUGGGAGGAGCAGGAAUUGGUGUGGUUGGAACCUGCAAAGGUGCUGAGAUUGCCCUGGCAAUGGCAACGUUCCUACCACAGAUCACAGCUACCGUUUGCAUUAACGGGACCAAUGCCAUCCAUGGGACUGCACUGCGCUACCGUGAUCUCCACAUCAGUCCAAUACCUUACAAAUUAGAGUGUGUGCGGCAAAUGCCCCUGGGGCUGCUCUCUUUCUUCAGUGUCACUGGGGAUACUCGAGCAGAGGCAAAUGAAGGUAGCAUCAUCCCUGUUGAAAAGGCCCAGGGUCAGCUCCUCUUCGUCGUGGGAGAAAGCGACCAGAACUACAACAGCAAAGCAUAUGCUGAGGAAGUGAUGGAGAGGAUGAGGAGACAUGGGAGAAAGAACUGCACCCUGCUGUCUUAUCCAGGCGCUGGGCACCUGAUAGAGCCCCCGGGGUCCCCGUUCUGCCCCUGCUCAAGGACUCCCUUUUUCGUCUUGCCCUUGAUGUGGGGAGGUGAAGCCCAACCCCAUGCCGCAGCACAGGAACAUUCUUGGAGAGAGAUCCAAAAAUUCCUUUGGCACCACCUGUGCCCAACAGGAAUCAGCAAACUCUGAAAACAGGGAGCCCUGGACCGAAAAGUUUCUGUGCCCCAUGCCCUCCUGAACCCGAUCAAGAAAUAUUGUAACCAUCUGUGAAUUCUGGAUAUCAACUGAAAGAGAAAUACACCACGUUGGGGGCGAGGGUGCAUUUCCAACCACUACAACGUGGACAUCUUCUCUUGUAGGCCUGCAGCCAAUAGCAGGUGGGAAACACAAAUGCAUGAACAAGAAUGAUUUGAUCUAGUAGAAGGCAGACAUGUGCUUGGGGCCUGAUCCAGCUCUCACUGAAAUCUGUGGGAACUGGAUCAGAAUCUGGUAGUGGUUUCUCUCUGCAGAGUUCUAUGCAAAAUUUCCCAGCUUGAGUUUUUGCUUCAAGCGAAUCCCAAAUUUUAAGGGGAAAAAUACUGAAAUCACGGAAGUCGACUGUGAUGGGUAGAGUUACCACCUUUCCAAACCAGCCCUUGACCAGAUUCACUGGCCCCGAUU